AUGACCUUUACUAGUCCGCCGCCCACGAUGGAUACCGCCAAAAUCGAGGCUUGUUUUGAUCCACCUCUUGAAGUGGUUUCCACCAGGAACCCAAUCACGUACAAUGAAAGGACAGCUGACCCAAACCAUCCUGACCUUGCUGGUUUAUUGGUGAAAAACAAGGAUCUUUUAGCUGAGCUAAGAAAUCUUCAAAACAAACUUUUUGUCAAAGAAACUUCAUUGCAAGAGAUGAAGAGUGAGCUAGAAAGUUACAAAGAAGAUAACUCGAAACAGUCGUUCCAGAUAAUCUCCCUGAAAAAUGAUAUCAAGGACCUAGAGGAUCUUAUUGCUUGUCUAACCAGAAUUAAAUCUUUGAAAAGCAUCAAUAUUCAGAGCCUUGACAGAGGCAACUGGGAUCUAAAUGAAAGAAUCAUAGAACUAGAAAACCGUCUAAGAGUACAUCUGGUUGAAAGAGAGAAGGCAGAGCAAAAAGCAGACCUUUUGGAGAAAAAGUUAGCAGGUGCUAAUGGAUUCACUCCUUAUAUGAAUAUGACAGGACAAGAAGACACUUUGGGUAGUUUUACGAUAAAGAGGGGAAUUAGGUACCUCCAGAUUAAAGUACAAAUGGGAAGUUUAACACGUGUUGGCAUGUUUAGGAUGAAGGUAAAGCUCUCCUGGCCAAAAACUCUGAGAGAGAGUGUUUUUCACUCUGAAGGACCAAAACAGGGGCAGAAAAUUUGGGAUAAAUAUCAAGAUUUGAUCCAUAAGGAAAAACAAAAAUGUAAAUUAGACAGACCUCCAUAUUCAUUCGGCUGGGAAACUAAAACUGCACAAUCCCACUAUCAGAAACUCCUCGGUCAAUUGGCUUCCCUUCUGAGCAGCAGUGUUGUCCCCAUCCCAGCCCCGGAAGAAGCUGUGAAAGAGAGGAUUCGGGAAAUUGGUGCAAAUGAGCCAUCUUGGGAGUCUAGAACCAAAGGCCCUCGGCAGGAAAUUCAGAUGCUCACUAAGCAACUGGAGCAGCUGCAUCAUCGCCGUGAAGAAUCAGCCCAAACUGAAGAGAAGUGUAGGGAUCAAAAUAAACCCUUGAAACAUCUGGAGGGAAAAGUGGCUGUUAAUGACUUUUUUCAAGGGAGAUUAGGCUUGGGCAGGAAUAAAGAAAACUCCAGGACUAAGAAUUCCCAGAUAGGCGAGAACAGCAAAAUGUUUAAACAGCUAGAGAAAGACAACAAGCAACAAACAUUAUUGAAUAUUAAGCAGAAUUUGCAGAUUGCGACAACUCAAAGAUUAGAGGAAGAAAUUCAGCAACUUCAGAAACAGCUCAGCGACUUGAAAUUGUCAAAUAAAAAUAUGAAAACUCAACUGAAAAGAGUAAAUGUCCUUAAAGACAAAACCAUUCAGAAGUUCAGGCAAUCUUUAAUAAAAGUUGAAGCAAUGAAAGGGAAGGCAGUUAUGAAAACAGAUAACUUGAAAACUACAUUAGAGUUGGCCAAGGAAGAGGCAAGAUGGGACAAAGACAAGGCCCAUCAGAUGUUAGAUGCUGCCACUCCCGAGCUCUGCACGGCAGAUACACUUGAAGAAGUAUCAGGACCACCACAAGAGCGUGUCAGCUUUAGAGAAACUAUAAUGAAGAUGUUGGGAUUUAACAUGAAAACAGCAGACAAGGAAAUUAUCACUCACCUAAGGCUUGUUAUCCAAGCUUAUGAAACAUCUAACAAAUCGAAGAUUACUUCUGAUUGUGAGCCUGGACAGAAUAAUGCAUAA